AGAAGACAGUAGCAACACAGAUGAAAAUGAGGAACAAGACGAUAGCACAACUUUGGAAUGUGAUACCCCUGCAACUGUUAGUUUGAAAGCCAUCGCUGGUCGAGAACCAGACGUACCAAUGCAAGCGGACCCUAAUUUAAAUAGGGAAGGCUAUGUCAGGAUGACGCGGGUACCACGAUUGGGACCUGCUGCGGAGUCCAUUUCGGAUUACAUGACCAAUAUGCUGUUCCAACCCAAGAAUGCACGACCCAAAGAUUCGUAUUAUGCUGUACUGCGAUACGACACCUUGUUCCUCUACGAAAGUGAUCAGCAGCGUGACUGCAAAGCUGUCGUACCCAUGACACUGUAUGAGGUCCGGAUCUUUCCAAAGAACUUGCCAGAUAAUGAAUGUUUUAACAAGGAGCACCCUAUCCAAAUCAAGCGCAAAAUUGAUGCACCAACCUCUGCUAUCGCUAUGGACAAUGAUCAAGAUGAAUUUUAUAUCUUUGUCCAUACUCCAGUUGUCAAAGAGGACUGGUUCCUUGCUCUCCUGUAUGCGUCCAAGUUGAGGAAGCCUGGUACAAAACAAAAGAUCCGAGACAAGGCACACUUUGAUCCUGAGGCUAUUCAAAACCAUAUCCGCAUCCUUCACUCUGAUAAGCAUCAUGAACAUACCCGCUGGUUCAAUUCGUUCCUUGGUCGGAUCUUUUUGGGUGUAUACAAGACGAAGAGAAUCCGAGAGAUAUUUAUCCAAAAGAUUACACGCAAGACUCGAAAACUAAAACGACCGUCAUUUUUAGGAGAAAUCAAGGUGCGGUCAUUCGAUAUUGGUCAUAGCAUUCCUUACAUCACAAGGACAAAGCUUCACGAACUCUCUAUGACUGGCGAACUAAGUGCUGAAUUCCAUCUAGCGUACCGUGGAGGCAUAAGGGUUGAGAUUGAGGUGGAUGUUGGACUGGGACUAGCGACAUUGAAGCCUGUCAAAGUGACCGUGGUCCUGGCAGUACUUGUCAAGGCUAUAUCGGGAAUGAUGACGCUCAAGAUCAAGGCGCCGCCAACUAACCGGUUCUGGAUCGGGUUUCAGGAGCCGCCCGAGCUAGAGAUUGUGAUAGAACCAAUUGUAGCUGACAAGGCUAUAAAGCUUAACAUGGUACUAAGCGCCAUUGAGACAAAAAUCCGUGAGGCGAUGGUGGAGGCGAUCGUACUGCCUAACAUGGAUGAUUACCCAUUCUUUGACUCGCACGGGACCGGAGGUAUUUUUGAGGGGGAUGAGGAAGUUUCUACAGAGGUCGCGGACGAUAGUGAUGCGGAUUCAAGUACAACUGAAAAAAUAAGGAAGGCAGAGAAGCCGGGGGAGAGCGCUUCGAGUACGCCGAUACGAAGCAAACGACGAGGCAGUGAGAGUUCCUUUGACUCAGAACAGGCUCCUCCAGGUCCUCAGUCGCUCAUAUCUGAGAGAAAACCAUCUUGGAGCUCGACUGGCACAGAAUCAGAUAUGGAUCUAGAAACCGUCCCCAUCACCUCCACACCGCUACCCACUAUGUACAUCCAUCAGCAGCACAAUACCAGCAGUAGCAAUGCCAGUACCAUCUCCACAUCAUCAUUUGCAUCAAAGUUUAAGCGGUUUUCACAGGCACAUUUUUCGUCAAAGUCACAGGAUCCUGUGGCAGAUCCAUCCAAACUGAACACCAAACCAACAGUUGCUACAUCAAUUGCUACUGCUAUACGAACAUCUCCAUCAACCACACCUCAGUCUUCUAGUAGUACAACGUCUAGUGGAUCCAAGCUGCAAUCCGCCAUCCCAAAGUUAUCUGCUCUAAAUGAUGUUGCAGAGGCACAGGGAUCACGGCUAUCAGUAUCCUCUCCCUCCAAUGGGCCAUCCAAGAAAUCAUCAACAAGCUCGUUGCGACUUCUUGCCAAUCUGGAAUCGACAGUGAGCAACGAUGACGCGGAUAGUGACACGAAUAAUGGAACUGUUUCAUCUGCAGUAAAUGAUGUACUGUAUCAAUCUCUACAAAGUUUAGCAGAGUCCAGCAGCAAAAGAGAUUCGCCAGACAGCUCUUCACGACCAGGUCAGGAAACACUUCCCAAAUCUACAAACAUGAUGAGAUGGAGCACAGCGUCGCCCCAUACCGAUGAGGAUAAAGGGAAGGAUGCAGAGGAGGAUUCACCUAAAAAUGAUUUGAACGUUUCGUCAUCUCUUGUUGGAAUUGCAGGUAUCCUUGAAAAAAACAGUAGUAGGUCGGGGGGUAGCACAGUUUCUAGCAGCUCUAUCUCCCAGAUUCAAGGAAACCAUGCCAAUAUGCUCACUGCUGACAAAAAGAGCAAGAAGGGCCAGAGCAAGGGCGAUGAGAGUCCUCAGAGUAAUGCUGAUAGUAACAACAAUAGCAGUAAUGAGAAUACAGAACAAGUUUCGUCCAAGCGGAAUACAGGUGAGAGUGGCAAGGAUAGUAAAGAUCGAGGAAGAGAUCAUGGUCGCAGGAGCAGUGGUGAUAGUCUAUUGAAUCUAAAGUCAAAGAAGGAUUCGCUGUUGAAAAAGAUUACGAGUCGUAAUAAUGACGAAGAUCAAGGAAGCAAAGGAUCCAAUAGCGGUGGAGGUAGCGACAAUAACUCGAUCAAAGGAACAUCACCAAAAUUCUCGUUAGACAGUGUAGGCACGUUGUUGGGGAAUCGACGCAAGGGUAGUGUAUCAAGUGGGAGAGGUCCUCUCCCAUUGUCCACUGCUCCUUCGCACGAAGCAGCUGUUAUACAGGAGCUACAGGAACAGGAAAACGAUCUAGGGUCUCGGCAAUAUAAUUUGUAUAGGAGACAUGAGAGCUCUCCACGGCCUGGUCUAACUAGGUCAAUAUCCAGUGCUUCCACCUCUAAUGUAGGUAUAGGCGCCCGUGCUUCCCCAAGGAGAGAGGUUGAUCUAUAUCCGUUGGGCCGUCCAUUUGAGAAUACAACAGCAAAUAUAGAUACACCAACACCAACAACUACACAACCAGCGUCGUCUUCGAUAACCUCCAAGUCAGCGUAUCUACAACAGAAGUCACAGGCGGCUCUUGGGUCUGCUAAAGCAUGGGUCAAACGAUCGUUGGAAGACCGCAGGAUGAGUGAAGAUGAUCCUCUACUUUCUGGAAAAAUGCAUCUGGAUUGAUUCAUUGAUAAUGCAAUCGCGAAU